AUGUAUAAGUGUGCAAAAUUGCAGUGGUAGGGGUGCAUCCUUGGAGCUGCAAUGGUUCACACUUCUGGAGAGGAUGUUCUGAGUUCACAUGACAAAAAUCAAUCACUUCCUGCAAAAUACUCCUGCUUUGGCUUCUGCGCCAGAACAAAUCCAAAGUGAUUUAUGGCUUCCAGGAAGAGUGAGUGCUGGAGCAGCUGGUUGGCUAGGCAGAGCUUCACUUCUGCUUUGCAUUCCCUUCUCUCCCUCUGUUUGAUGGGGAACUAAGCUAAACUGGGAUAUGAGCUGUGCCAGCUAUGCAGACACAACAGGCAGGGGGCUGUGCUGCUCCUUCCCAGGGGACAUGCAGCUUGCCAAUUGUGGAAAGUCAACCAGGAUGUUCCAGAGAAGAGGUGAAUCCCCUGCAACGACUCAUGAGGGAGGAGUCAUGGGAACAUCACAGAUGUUUGAUAAAGGACUCUGGAUUUGGAGAGAGAGAGAAAGGAGAGAGUGGGAGCGUAGGAUGGUGAUGCUGUGGGCUGAGAUGCCAAGUCAUGUGCUGUCCUUGGGCACAAGAUUGGGGCUAGAUGCAGUGGAACUUGACGUGAUAGGAUUUGUUUUGUAAGGUGGAAAUUAACAAUGUACUUAUUUACAUUCCAGAGGUAGGGUUUUUGAGAGGGCAGAAUGAGGAUUAUACAUGCAUGGAAGGACUAUACUGUACACACUGUACAGGGAGAAGCCCAAAUCAUAAUGGAGGAAUAUGGAACAAAAAGUCCUAUUCUUAAAAGUUUGAGACUUGUUUCCUUUGCUGCAUCGCUUAGUUAUUGGAAACCCAGUUGAAAGAUGUAUUGUGCAGUGCUCCAAAAGCAAACUUUUUUGGGAUUCUAACCUGUGAGCUUGUUUGUAUCAGGUAGACUUGUAAAACCUACUACCUCUUUCUACAAGCCUUGCCUCUCAUCUAUCUUUAGGCCAUCACUGCCAUAAUAUAAGUUAUCCUUCUCUUAUAUUCCACUGGAGUAAAUCAUUUAAAUAAAGGAGGUCCCCUGCGCUGCAUCAAGUUAUAGCCUAACUGUGCACCCUGCUGCUAACCCUUAUGAAAACAAUCAAUACUACCUUCGGAAUAUGCCACUGUUAUAUUUCCAACAGUCUGAUGUCGACUAAGCAAUAAAAAGUCCCCCAGAUAUUUUCUAGAGGAUAGCUUUGAGGUCCUGUCAUUAAGCAGCACAGAAUGAUUGCAUAUUUUCUGGCAUGUUCUAUUUCUCUCAGGAUGGCUGCUCCCUGCACAUAACCAUUGAGGUGACAAAUACCUUGUAAAGCCUGGAGCAGUUUAGAUGGAUUAAAUACUCAAAGGAGUAUUUAAUAUUUUAUUACUGAAGGGUUUUAUUAUACAGAACUCAAGUUCAUUCAGUGUCCAGGAGUCAGGCUUCCUCAGACACAGAAUAUCAUUAAGACUUUGGCAAUUCUGCCAGGCUGUGAAUUUCAGGCAUGCUGAGGAAGAUGAACAAAAACAAACUGUUUUUUUUUUUCUUUUUUUUUUUCCAAUUCAGCUGUCAGUCACAGGGUGCCUCAAAGCUAGAGUUAGAGAUCAGCACUCCAAGCACAGAGCCGGUCAUGUGCCUGGAGGAAAUCCCUUCCCAAGCUACACCGAUCAGAUGCUUCUCUCAGUGCAAAGUGUGCCACUCUUGAUGAGAGUGGGAACAAGAUGAGCCUUCAGCUUUUAAUGUAUGUGCAGGCAGCAUUAUUAAAGUGAGCACUUAUUGGAAGGAUUCUGUUGCCAUAAGUCCAUUACAUUAAAACUGAAACAAAGCAACCAUUACUUCACCAGUAGUCUUAAAGUAGUCUUAAAGUACAGUAGUGAAUCUAAAUACCAUAGAGAGUAAUAGAACCACUACCUUAAGCAUGAUUCCAUCGUUGUUUCCAAAACAGAUGUUCUACCUAUUUGUUGUACACUCAAUGGAGAUUUUUCUUGUACGGGAUGAGUGAGAUUAGUGUGGCCUUAUCUAUAACUCUCAGUAAUCACUAAAGUGUGCUUUAGAUAAAUCUAUUAGCCUGUUUCAGAAAUGUUGCUGAACCUGUUGACAAGUAGAACAUGCACUAUACAGAGUUGUUUGUGCAUGUAUCAGGACUGUAAGAUUCAAAGUACAUAGAAGAACUACAAAGAGGAAGAAAACCUUUCUGGGAAGCAAAGUGCUUACAUUAUUGAUGCCUACAAUUAAUUAAGCACUGGGGAUCAUUGACAGGUUCUGUUAAUCUUUUGGACUGGAAACGCUCUACUUCCUCCAUUUCAGGUGGCAUCAGCAUUGUAAAAGAUAGGGAGGAACGGAAGGUACUCCCCCAGGAAAGGAUUCAAAUGAACUUCCUGAUUUAAAGGGAGGAGAAGAUGUAAAUCUGAACAAAGAUCCAGGGAAAGAUUAAAUGUAAAGCCUACAUGCUUCCUCCAUUGUCUAUUUUCUACUUUGAAGGCAAAUCUUCAGAUAUACAUAUUUGCAUAAGAACUGGUGUUCUCAUCUUGAGGCAAGUAACAAUGCCAACAGCAUAACAGAAGGAUGAUACAUAAAAUAAAUACACAGAUGAUGCACAGAGAAUGGAGAGACUUUUAAAGUCUAGGCAGGUGGAAAUGGGAUUUUCCUUUUGUUUUUGCUCAUCUGACACUAGUGCCACUGAAUCCACCUUACCCACCAUAUAUGUACAUAUUUAAUUUCUACUUCAAGAGAUGUCUGCUGUUUAGAGUGAUUUUGAAGUAACUCAGUCAAGUAAGAGUUUCUUUCUUGGAGGUAGGAUGAGCCUUUAAAUAGACGUACAGUUCUCUAGGGUAUGGAAGCCAGAGCUUCCUCCAGGCUAAUCAAACAUGGGCAAAUAUUCCAGUGAUCAGCAAAUCCAGGCACUCCUUGUCAUUUAACAGGCUGAGUGGUUUUCCCAGUCCUCAUGAGUUUCCAAUAUAAUGCUACUAUUCUUUGGAUUCCUUUUUCAGUCUGUCUCUCGAGGCUCAUUUUUUAUUUCUGAUUUGUCUUCAGAUUUCAAAACCACCAAUUAUUAGUUUUCCUUUCCUGCUUCCUUCCCCUCAGGUUUCAAUAACAAAAACCAUUCUGGCAGUACAUGCAGCAUUGUAGCCUGGGUGUUCCUGACACCUACAUCCAGCUGUCACUCACCACAGGUACUACUUGCAAUUAGACAUCAAGAAAGCCACUCAACAGUUUAGCACUCCCUGGGUGUAUUGCCACACAAUCAACAAGUUAUGCAUUUUAAUAGUAUUUUUGAGAGUGAGGGAGUAGGAACUACACGGUCUUUGAGGUUUCUUCCAACCCAAGCCAUCCUAUGCUUCUAUGAUUCUAUGAUUUAUUUUCCAUACAGACCAUACCUUGACUCAAAGUGUAAUUCUAUGCAUGACCUCAAUGGCUGACCCUCUCAGAGUCAUGUAAGGAAAAAAGAUUUCAGAGAAAUCCUGCUAGAUAAGGCAGGAUUUCCAAAUCAGCUUCAGGGCAUUAGAAAAAGUCAGUUCUCCAGUCUUAUAUCCCUUCAAGAGCUGGCUAACUGAAAAUGUUACAAGAAGGUUUGUAGAAGGUUUGUAGCUAGUUGUGAGUGUUUUUUCCAUAAGAUCUUUUUCUUUUUUGACAUUAAAAUAACAAGUCAAAAUACAGUCUUGAUAACUUAGAGGUUAAAGUACUCUACAAGCUGAAAGGAAACUGGACUCAAAUUAUAUAGCACAGGUCUUGUAUUCAAUCAGUCUGCUUCUAAGUAGAUAUUCUCUUGCCAGACGGAGGAGCUUCUUUUAGACAUGUAUGCACCUAUGAUUUUGGGUUUAAUCUCAGUGUCAAGCAAAAUCCCUUACCUUUUCUUCAACACAAGAUGCAGAAGAGCGAUGCAAUAUUUAUCUCUAUAAAAACAAAUUCAAGAACAUAUUUGAUUUCUAAAGGUUACUUUUGACAUCUUAGCUGCAGACAUUUUUUCUCCCAAAUUCCCUGUGGCAAACUUGAAGAUAAAAAUGAAUUACUCAGAGAUCUUGGCAGUAUUUUCACAUGAACAUGUAAAAUUGUAUUAUACAACUUGUACUUCCUGACAGUCCUUCCUUACAGUUAGCUAUUGUAGGAAAAAAAGUGAUGCUGUGGGAUGUGAAUAGUUUAGAGUCAGUUUUCCCUUUGCUUUGAAUAUAUUCUGUGGACACCUAAGGGUGUAACUAAAGUAAUACCAUCAAGAGCAAUGCUUGAUAUUUCUGAACACACACAGAUCAUAACACAACAUGCAAGCAGUCUAAAACUCUGCCUCUCUUGGACAGCACUUUUAUAAGACUUCAUUGUCUUUAGCUAACAUAUUUUUUAACUAGACCCAUUGGUUCAAAGAGCUGGGGUAAUCAGAAAUACCUCUAUUUUAACAACACCCAGGAGAUGUCAUCAUAUACUAUUAUAUACUAUUAUCUCAAGGUAGGGAGAAGAAAGCAAAAAAAUCGUAAUGGAGAAGUUAUUUCUAACUUGCCCAGAGCAAAUUAGUCUACAGCAUAUAUUUUUGUCCAGGCUUGUAGCUAUCUGUGCAAGCUGAGAUAAAUGCUUUGUGGGAGGGAUCACUGACUACUUUCAAGGUGCAUUUUAUGCUGAAAGAAAAGUUCAUCCUUUCUGAAUUGUACAGUUAUUACUUGGAGAAGACGAUUAGAAUAGAAAAGAGUAAAAGCACUAUCCUAAUGCUAUCCUAACAUGGAGUUAUCCUGAUAGAAUCUUAUUUCCUUAUAGUGACCUUACUUCUGGAUUCAUAGAAGAAGCUGUGAAACUCUGCCAGGUAUUUUGUCAUACUUGUGAAUUAUGCAGCUGGUAGAGUAAAUCUUUGAUGUUGAUUGGAUUACUUGACUUUCCUGUACCUGCCUAAUAUUGUGAUUAUACUUUUGUGUUUGAUCAAAAUAAGGAGCCUGCAUUAAAGAGCUACACCAAGUAACUCCCAGCUAGAUUAAAAAAGAUACAUCAGAUGUUUUCCCAGGGCUAUAGUACUUAGAAAGUAAGCCCCAAAUUUAGCUUUUGUCAUAAAAACAACUGUAAUGAUCUAUUUUACAUAAUAUUUGAAGAGGCAAGUUCAAACUUUCUGCGCUGAAUUUCAACAUAGCUGCAAUCAUGCAGUUAAGAAAUUAUUAGCCCUGCAAUGGGGUGCUUUUAAGUGAAUCCCUGGCACUUACUUAAUUAUAAAAUCACUACUGACACAAUGCGCAUAAGCAGCAGUAAAAUCAACCCCUCCCUAGUGUUCCAUUGGCUGGAAACUUGUUAGGCUUGAUGGGUAGGCGUUCUAGUCUAAGGGGAUUUCAAAGCAAAUAAAUAGCAGGUUCUUUUAGCCAGUCGGAAAUAGAUUUCCACCUGUCUGAACAUCCUACUGGAGAGAGCUGCUUCUGAAAAAAAUCAACAUCUCACCAUAUGAGGAGACAACAGGAUGAAGUAUUCUCUCCCAUGCUUCAUAUUUCUUCAGUGAAAGAGUGAUUUUGGGAGACUUACUAGGCCUCCUUGCUUGAGGUGCCUUUUUCAGAAGGAGCAUGGCUUGCUGUGCAUUACAAAUCAUUGGUCUAAUAUUUGGAGGCGUGGGCAUGGUCGGGACUUUGGCAGCUACAGCUAUGCCGCAAUGGAGAGUUUCCGCCCACAUCGACAGUAACAUCGUGGUGUUUGAGACUAUCUGGGAAGGACUGUGGAUGGACUGCAUCAGCCAGAUGGGCAUCAGGCUACAGUGCAAGUUCUACGACUCUAUCCUGGCUCUUCCCCCACCCUUAGAGGCGUUCAGAGCCCUCAUGUGCAUCGCAGUGCUCCUGUCAAUCAUUGCCUUUUUGAUGGCCAUUGUUGGUGUGAAGUACACUCACUGGACCAAGGAGGAUCCCCAGGGCAUCAGUAUCUUCAUGUUGGCAGCUGGAGUUGCCUUUCUUUUGACAGGCAUCCUUGUUCUGAUCCCCGUGUCCUGGACUGGUGGCAGCAUCGUUCACGACUUCUAUGAUGCAAAAGUCCCUACGCCACUGAAACGAGAACUAGGAGCUGCUCUCUAUGUGGGCUGGGUGAGCGCUGCACUUCUCAUCAUUGCGGGAGCAAUGUACUGUAGCUUCUGGUGCUGGGCUGGUACAACCCCAAAAUCUAGGGAUCCUUCACUUCCUCCUCACAGAUUGCAUAGACCUAACACGGCAGGAGGGCCACUGCUAAGCAUGCAGGCAUACGUAUAGUGGCUACGUGGGAUCUUUCUACAUAGUAUGUUGGGCACAGAAUUCAUCUCAUGGAAUAAUAAAAUCUGUAUGAACUUCACCAGACUUUGUCAUGAAUGUAUUAACUUUCCAUUGCCUGGUACAUCCCAUCUUUAAAGGGUUCUUCUCUUCUAUAAAUUGCAGGACAGACUAUCUGUCUUCGUGCACUUUAAAGCUCUGUGAUUAUGUCAAGUGUAAUUAAAGAAGCCAGGCAAACGUCAGUGUGCAAUCCCCACUUGCUUGCUGGAAGAUCAAGAAAUCCUGCCUACAUCUUCUAUCAUGCCUGCAAAAACCAAGUCCUGAUGUUUUUCUGACUGCUUUAUGUUUACAAGACUUACCUUAAAAUGUGAAAUGAGCAACCUGAUUCCUAUCUGUCCACUGUGCAGAAUCCAACAGUAUUUUCAGUUGUGCUUUUUCACAGAUGAAAACUUGGAACCUGCUUUUAAAAGUGGGCAUGUCACAAUACUGAGAAGUGACCAGAGGAGUUCCAUUUAAAAACAUUUUUCUUCGUCUUCACAUAGUAGUAAUGGAUGGCACCAUUUCAUUGAUAUUUCAUGACACGGUUUGAUCCUUUCCUAUGUCUUCUACUGGUAUCUGAAAACUGAGUUUAACUUUGGAAGUUGUACAGAGCAAUGCCUCUAUAUAUUCAUUUGAUGGUUCAAUUUGAAGAACGUGGAAAGCUACAUUUAAUUAAAAAAGCCUUUUAUAAACUUGACUUCAGAUGAACCUAAAUGAAAUCAUGUGGCCAAAUGUGGAUAUGUGUUACAUAUGUUAGCUAAUGCUCAUUUGCACUUAAGACAACCAGCUCAGAUCUUUUAGUGGGAAUUUCUUAUUACUAGGAAAGAGGUUUAAAGUGCUCUGCUCAUCUCUUGAGAAGUCAAAUUAGCACUUGUUAAUUCCAGAUGAGUCUUUAAGGUGACAUUUCUGCAUAGAUUUUCUCGUACUAAAAUAUAUUUCUUAUGUUGUCUGAUGGCUGAUGCCACCGUAUGCACAGUAUCUUUAACAACAGCCCUCACUGGGCCAGCGAAGUUAUUUCAAUGGAAUUGUUUUCUUGAAUUUGAUUAUAAUUUAUACUACCCGGAAGACCUUCAUCUAUUAUUUUAUUGUAUGCAUAUCUUAUAAUACAUAUUUAUUUUAAUAAAUAUUUGAUUAGUAAGCCAGAA